AUAAAGACUCGGCGUCAGCGGUCGGAGUUGCGGAAACUUGAAGAAGAAGAAGCAGAAGAAGAACAGCGAUGGUGCUCAAGGCUGUCUGCGUGCUGAAGGGAGCAGGAGACGUCGUCGGGACAGUGUAUUUUCAGCAGGAGGGCGACUCAGCCCCAGUGAAAGUCACAGGAGAAAUCUCAGGACUUACUCCGGGGGAUCAUGGUUUCCAUGUUCAUGCCUUUGGGGACAACACUAAUGGGUGCAUAAGUGCUGGCCCUCACUUCAACCCUCACAACAAGAAUCAUGCUGGCCCCAAUGAUGAGGAGCGACAUGUGGGGGACCUGGGUAAUGUCACAGCAGGAGCAGAUAACGUUGCUCGUAUAAGCAUCACAGACCGGAUGCUCACCCUCACUGGUCCCCUCUCCAUCAUUGGCAGAACCAUGGUGAUCCAUGAGAAAGCCGAUGACCUGGGAAAAGGAAACAACGAGGAGAGUCUUAAGACUGGCAACGCCGGAGGACGUCUGGCCUGUGGGGUCAUCGGGAUCACCCAGUAAACUACGUUGUUCUCCAUCUGCCAGCACUUAACAGUAGAGCACUGAAAACCACUGUGGUCCCCCACUUAGAGACCAACAUAGCUACUUCAUGUGAUGGAUUGUCCUCUUGAAUCCCGUGUGGCGCUUUAUUGACCAGUCCAGUAGAAAGCAUUUAGAGAUUAGAUGAGCUUUAUCCUGUGUUUUGUUAAGACAGUUUGUCUAUGAGUGUUUGAGUUUGCUUUUAAAUUUUGUUCCAAAGAGUUGAUAAUGCAGUCAAUGAAGUUGUAUACAAGUGUUCACUAAGCUGACCAAUAAAUUGUCAAUAUAU